AUCCCGCAGUGCAGGAGCGGCGCGGCUCGGAGCGGGACGGCGGCGGUGGACAGGCUGUGGCUGUUGCUUCUCGUGCCUCCGGCCGCAUGAGGAUGACGCGCUUCGCCCUGACCGUUGUCCGCCAUGGAGAGACAAGAUUUAACAAACAGAAAAUACUUCAAGGACAAGGAGUAGAUGAACCGCUUUCAGAAACUGGAUUUAAACAAGCAGCCGCCGCCGGUGUAUUUCUGCAUAAUGUGAGGUUUUCACAUGCUUUCUCCAGCGACCUCACGAGGACGAAACAGACUAUGCAUGGUAUUUUGGAGAAAAGCAAAUUUUGCAAAGAUAUGACAGUAAAGUAUGAUUCAAGACUUCGGGAAAGGAAAUACGGGGUUGCAGAAGGCAAGGCACUCAGCGAGCUCAGGGCCAUGGCCAAAGCAGCCGGGGAAGAAUGCCCUGUGUUCACACCGCCCGGAGGCGAGACGUUAGAUGAGGUGAAAAUGCGUGGGAAAGACUUCUUUGAAUUUCUUUGUCAGCUCAUCCUGAAGGAAGCAGGUGCAAGAGAACAGUGUCCCCAGGGAGCUCCCAGCAACUGUCUGGAAAGUUCUUUGGCAGAGAUCUUUCCUUUAGGAGAAAGCUGUGACUCCGAAUUUAAUUCAGGAUUAGCGGCCAGCGUCUUAGUUGUGAGUCACGGCGCCUACAUGAGAAGCCUGUUUGGUUAUUUUCUGACUGACCUCAAAUGUUCCUUACCAGCGACUCUGAGCAAAUCUGAACUCAUGUCAGUCAGUCCCAACACGGGGCUCAGUCUCUUUAUCGUAGGCUUUGAGGAGGGAGGGGAAGCGAAGCCGACAGUGCAGUGUGUCUGUAUGAACCUUCAGGAUCAUCUCAAUGGAGCGACUGCGACCCACUCAGUUUGAGUCUCCAUCGCGGUCUCAUGAUUUUGAGCUUCUGAAGGGAGUGCCUUUCGCUUUAUUUCUUUUUUUCUUUUCUUUUUUCUUUCUUUUUUUUUUCUGUCCUCUGCUAGUGCUGAUUUGCAAAGAGUUAAGAAGUGGGCGCCGGGGGAUCAUAGCCACACAAGACAGUGAUGGAAAACCAUGUUGGAGUGGCUCCUUCUGUCUGAGUCCUUUGGCAUUUUCCCAGCCUGCUCAGUUACAUCUCUGCAUGUAACUUGCUAUUGCAAAUUGGGGAAUUAAUACCUGGAUUACUAUAUUCCCACCCUCACUUUUUUUAUUUUAAUCUUGACAUUUUUCUUUAACAUCUGAAGAAGUCUAGCCCAUUUUAUUGACUCUUGGAAAGAUACUCUAUGUUUUUUACUAUUGCAUCCAGUGUUUGGAACAAAGAACUAUUUAUAAUUCCCACUGUAUAUUUAUAGUGACUAUGCAUUAUAUCAAAAGUCCUUUCAAUGAAAUAUCUACCAUCGUGAGUUUAUGUAAAGUGAAAUGAUAAAGUAACACUGAAACACUUUAUGUAGAGGUGAAUUGUUGGAAUGUUUUAUUCUAGCGGGCUCAAAAUGUGGGUGCUGAUGGUUGUGGGACGCCUGGGGGAAGAAGUUAAAAUAUCAUUCGAUUUAAAGCACGCUAACAAAGCGCGCUGAGCAGGAGAUGCAAGAACAACUUUGUCUGAAAGGUGUCUUGGACAAAGCAAAUCUCUGGAAACCAGGAAAGCCAGAACGAAAAGGAGAAAGAAAAAUGUUUGACUUCAAGCCAGCGCUGCGGCUCACUAGGCUAAUCCUCCGCCUUGCGGCGCCGGCACACUGGGUUCUAGUCCCGGUCGGGGCACCGGAUUCUGUCCCGGUUGCCCCUCUUCCAGGCCAGCUCUCUGCCAUGGCCCUGGAAGGCAGUGGAGGAUGGCCCAAGUGCUUGUGCCCUGCACCCCCUGGGAGACCAGGAGAAGCACCUGGCUCCUGCCAUCGGAUCAGCGCGGUGCGCCGGCCGCAGCGUGCCAACCAUGGCGGCCAUUGGAGGGUGAACCAACAGCAAAGGAAGACCUUUCUCUCUGUCUCUCUCUCUCACUGUCCACUCUGCCUGUCAAAAAAAAAAAAAAAGUUUGACUUCGAGGUUGGAGAAAAAUACCCACCUCUUGCUUUUCUCAGGCUCUAAACAAAGCAAACGGUUAAUAAUACACUACAGGAAACCUCAGGAUAAAAGAGGGAGCAUUGUCCUGGAGAAGAGUGGUGGUCUCAACCACAAGUGAUUUUUGGUGGAAGCUACAGAUGCCGUGACUGCUUCCUCCACCAGGGGGCACUGGCGGAAAGGUAUUUUGUGCAGGCCUUCAGAAACCCCUGUGCAAACGGAGAGAAUGUUGUCCAUGUGGUUUCUUUAAGCCACCAGGUAGACGAAUGCCAUGAGUCUCAGCUAAUAAGAGGAGCGAUACUAGAGAUGUCGGUAAAGGCAGAAACGAUGUGUGACCAACAUGUGCUUUGAGUGUCUUUAAAUCAUACGUGAAGUUCAGGAUUGUUCUUUUCUCAGUGUCCAGCGCUGCCAGUUCCUCUGCCAGUGUCAGAACAUGGCGUGCGUUUGAGCAGAGGAAGGACACUAAAUCACUUGAAAAGAUAACUGAAAAGGACAGAGCACCCACUUUCCCACAUGCAGAAGCAAAUCACUUCUUUUGUUUAAAUAAAUAAAUAAAGAUGUAAGUAGAGUUCCUUUUAGCCGGAUGUCACAGUCUUGUGCCCGCAGAGGCAGCUGGUACAGUGGGUCUGAGUGUGUCCAUCUGUUCCUGCCUUCUCGCCUCAUGUCUGUAAGGAAACAGUAUUUUCUGAUGCUUUAAAAAAAAAGUACACUAAAUAUCUGGAUGUCUGUAUGCUUUAUUCUGUCUUGGUAUUCUCUCUGUUGAUUAUGUGUAAAUUAGUUCAUGAUAGCUACUGUAUUCUGUGGAAUAAAUACAAAACAUUUUGUUUAU